AUGGUUCUGGAUAUUUCUUCAUUCCGAGCAGAGGAAGGCGGCAGCCCUGAUGCUAUGCGCAAGCUCCAGCAAGACCGAUUCAAGAACGUCGAAGUUGUCCAGAAGAUCGUCGACAUUGACAAUCAAUGGAGAAAAGAGCAGUUCGUUCUCGAGCGCACCAAGUUCGUCAAGAAUCUGUGCUCAAAGACAAUUGGCAAGAAAAUGAAAGCCAAGGAACCGAAAGGCGAUACUGCUGAUCUCGAAGAAGGACUUUCCGCUCUUAGCCUUAUGGAUAAGGAAAACAAAGCCGCUGAAGAGGUCAUCAACGGACUCACCGUCACACAGAUCAAAGGCCUUGUUGAGCAAAUUGGAAAGCUCAUCCCCGAGACUCAGGCAAAGUCCGAAGCUCUCCUAAAAGAGCGAAACAGCGCACUUGGUGCUGUUGGUAAUCUUCUUGGCCCCGAUGUCCCAAUCUCUAAUGAUGAAGAUGCGGACAAUGCUAUUGUCCGUCUUGUUGGAGAGGUCGAGGCGAGAAAGAAAUACUCUCACGUCGAUCUGGUCCAGAUGAUCGACGGUGUUGAUCUUGAGCGAGGCUCUACCAUUGCCGGUAGCCGUGGAUAUUUCUUGAAAGGCCCCUUGGUCUUCCUCGAGCAGGCUAUCAUCCAGCUCGCGCAAAAACAUCUUCUUGAAGGCAACUAUGAAAUGCUCGCCACCCCGUUUUUCAUGCGAAAAGAAAUGAUGCAGAAGGUCGCUCAGCUCAGCCAGUUCGACGAUGAGCUUUAUAAAGUUGUUGGAAAGGGUUCUGAAAAUCCUGAAGACAACUCAGUUUCCGAGCAAUAUUUAAUUGCUACUUCGGAACAGCCUAUUGCUGCUUUUCAUUACGAUGAAGGUAUUAAGCCCGAACGCCUCCCAAUCAAGUACGCUGGACUUUCUUACUGCUUCCGACAAGAAGUUGGCUCUCAUGGUCGAGAUACUACCGGAAUUUUCCGCGUGAAGCAGUUCCAAAAAGUCGAGCAGUUCACUUUCUGCUCUCCUCAUGAUAACACAUCUUGGGAUGAAUUAGAAAAAAUGAUUACAAUGGCUGAAAACCUCUAUAAAGAAAUCGGCAUCGGUUACAGAAUCGUGAAUAUUUGCUCUGGAGCAUUGAACCUUGCCGCAGCGAAAAAAUAUGACUUGGAAGCGUGGUUCCCUGGCUCGGGCGCUUUCAGAGAGUUGGUCUCCUGCUCGAAUUGUCUUGACUACCAAGCGAGAAAUUUGAACAUUAGAUAUGGAGAAACUAAGCAAGUGAACAAGAAGCAGGAUUAUGUCCAUAUGUUGAAUGCUACCAUGUGCGCGACUACUCGUGUGAUGUGUGUGAUUCUGGAAACCUUCCAGGAACAAGAUGGUGUUAGAGUGCCAGAAGCUCUCCGGCCUUACAUGCCCGCCAAAUGGAAGGAAUUCCUCCCAUUCGUCAAGGAGGCCCCUAUCGAGGUCGAGGCGAGAAAAGCUGCCGAGAAGAAGAGCAAGGGAAAGAAGUAA